AUGUGGGCGAUUCGGCACAAUCUUCGGAUCUUGAUGAGGUCUUGGAUGGUUUCGGAGGCAAAGGGCGAAGUCAUGGACCGUCAAGAGAAGCGGAAGGAUCGUAAGGCUCUAUCUCCGAUUCAACUUCAUUUACAUAAUGAUAUUUUGCAACAAGUGCUGCAAGAGAAAACUGCCAUAGAACUUUGGCUCAAGAUGGAAUCGAUCUGCAUGUCCAAGGAUCUAACCAAUACCAUACUAUUAAGCCGUGAUGAACUAACCCUUGCGGAAGUAUAUGAGGACCUCCAGACGAGGGAGAAGAUGAAAGGAGACAUUCUUAUUGUUCUUGCUGGUUGUGUUGCUGGUCGUGAUCAAUGGAUACUUGAUUCUGCAUGCUCGUUUCAUUUAUGCUCUAAUAGAGAUUGGUUCAAUUCUUAUGAGUCUGUGCAGAGUGGAGAUGUCAUGCGUAUGGGAGAUAACAACCCACGUGAGAUCAUGGGCAUUGGCUCCGUUCAGAUUAAGAUGCAUGAUGGCAUGAUACGUACACUGAAAGAUGUGAGACACAUACUAGGGUUGGCCAAAAAUCUGAUCUCCCUCAACACACGUGAUGCCGAGGGGUAUAAACACUCUGGUUCAGGUGGAGUGUGUAAGGUCUCAAAAGGCUCUCUCAUUCAUAUGAUAGGUGAUAUGAAUUCUGCAAAGUUAUAUGUUCUUAGAGGAAGUACUUUACAUGGUUCCGUCACUGCUGCUACUGUUUCUAAUGAUGAACCAAGUAAGACUAAUCUCUGGCAUAUGCGUCUUGGGCAUAUAAGUGAACUUGGUAUGGCAGAAUUGAUCAAGAGAGACCUGCUGGAUAGCUGCAUUGUGGGUAAGAUAAAGUUCUGUGAGCACUGUGUUUUUAGUAAGCACAAGAGGAUAAAAUUCAAUGCAUCUGUUCAUAUCACCAAAGAUACACUUGAUUAUGUACAUGCUAAUUUGUGGGGGCCAUCUUGUAAGCCCUCUUAUGGUGGUUCUCGUUACAUGCUUACCAUUAUUGAUGAUUACUCUAGAAAAUUGAGAGUUUUCGGUUGCACUGCUUAUGCUCAUGUUGAUAAUGGAAAGCUAGAACCUAGAGCCAUUAAGUGUCUGUUUCUUGGUUAUGGUUCUGAAGUUAAAGGAUAUAAGUUAUGGAAUCCUGAAACUAAAAAGACUUUCAUGAGCAGGAGCGUUGUUUUCAAUGAAUCUGUUAUGUUUAAUGACAGCUUGUCCAUAGAUGUUUCUCUAGUUGGUUCUGAUUAG